AUGGCUAACGAGGAUAUUCUUCCAAUCGAUGUCUCGGGGGACGUGGGUACAAGAAUCCUUAGUGUCGAUGGAGGAGGAGUCCGGGGUCUUAUUCCUGUGCAAUUACUCAAAUUCUUAGAGCAACAGUUGCAGAAAUUGGAUGGGGAAGAUGCCAGACUAGCAGAUUAUUUCAAUAUAAUGGCGGGUACCAGCACUGGAGGUCUCAUCACCACAAUGUUAGCUACUCCAGACCCAAAUGACCACAAAUACAAGCGUCCUUUUAGUACCCAGAAAAUUGAAGAUUUCUACUUGAAGAAUGCGAGUUCCAUAUUUCCUCAGCCAAGCAAAUGGAAUAUUUUUCACGGCAUUUUCGGUCCCAAAUUCAAUGGCAAACAUCUGGUCGAAAUCUUAAAACAAGAGAAAUUUCACGAAACACAUCUUGCUGAAACGGUAACUAACCUAGUGAUACCCACCUUCGAUAUCAAGACGCAGUUUCCCACGAUUUUCGCCAGCCAUGAGGCGAAAGUAGAUCCGCUGAAGAACCCAAAUCUUAUGGACGUAUGCCUCUCCACAACUGCAGCUCCUACCUAUUUUCCAUCUCACCAGUUUACAACAAAUUCCAGCGAUGGAGAAACCAGAGUUUUUAACUUAGUAGAUGGAGGAGUAGCAGCCAACAAUCCUGUAAUGCUUACCUUGAUAGCAAUGAAUCUAGUCACUCGAGCAGUUCAUCGGGAUCCAAGAAUCGAAGACAAGAAGAAACACAUUGACCACUUUAUUGUGCUUUCUCUUGGAACGGGAUUAGAAGACGGUAUUGAAUGGGAUGCAAAAAAGGCUGCGACAUGGGGAAGCUUGAAGUGGAUUACUCACGAUGGAAGAACACCUCUGAUAGAAUCCAUCAUGAAUGCAAGUUCAGACAUGGUCAACAUUCAUACAGCUUUGAUGCUCCAUCAUUGCAAAGAAAAUUAUCUUAGAAUCCAGGAAUGGCAAUUAAAAGGAAGUGAAGCAAAGAUGGAUCUCAGUACAGAAGCAAACCUGAGGAAUCUUGUGAAGAAAGGGCAGGAAUUGUUGGAUAAGCCCGUUAGAACUUUGGAUCUAGAGACUGGACGUCCUGAGAUAGUGGAUAACAACUACACAAACAGGAUGGCAUUAACUAAAAUGGCUGAAGGACUCUCUAUGGAUAAGAAGUUGAGGGAUAAGAAGCGUGCAUCUUCUUCACAUUCUAAGAAUGGGCAUUCGAAUGCCCGUAGUGGUGGAAUAAAGAUCUGA